AAUGGUGCGGGACUCGUUCUCUGAAAAAUAAACAGAAGAUCCAUAUCAAACAGUAUAGCUUCUCUACGCUUUUGUAAAUUUCUACAAACCAAGCAAAAGAUUGCCUGCUGUAUCGGCGAAAGGAUAGCCUGAUGAGUGAAAACAGCAGAGCUAAGUGCUCUGCUAGGUCUGGUCCAACUGUAGGAGCGGAGGUGGAAAAAAAAGUUCUUGAAGAAAACAAAACGAGGAUCUUAAGCGAACAUGAAGAAUGUUCUGUGUGCUUACAAUCCUGUAUACACCCAGUUUUACUACCAUGCAAUCACAUUUUCUGCUUUCUUUGUAUAAAGGGAGCUGCCCAAAGGGAUAGAAGAUGUGCCUUGUGUAGAACUGAGAUACCAAAUGAAUUUUUUAAAAAUCCAAAUUUGGUGCCCGUUAUUGAUAAAAAAACAGAAUCAAGGAAAGAAAGUUCGCAUCGAUGGUUUUAUGAAGGUAGAGGCGGAUGGUGGCAAUAUGAUGAAAGGUCUAAUAAAGAUAUAGAAGAUCGCUAUAUUAAGAAAGAAUAUAAGUUUGAAGUUCAGAUUGCAGGGAGUUUGUACGUUAUUGAUCUGGAAAAUUAUCAACAAAUUAAUCGUAAUGAUCCUAGUCGUAGAAGAAAGAUAAAAAGAGAUGUCAGUCCACCUGACUUGAAGGGUAUUGCUGGCCUAAAGAUCAGUAGCGAAUCAAGAAAUAGAAGUCAAAUCUGUGAUAGAGAAGGUGCUGAUGGCGGAUCGGCCGAAGAAACACCUACUAGGACUAGUACUAGUACAAGGACUACUAGUACAAGGACUAGUACUAGGGCUUCCGAAACUUCUACUGUUGAUGUACUUUCAGAAAGCUCAACAGCAGCUGGAGGUAGAAGAGAGGCUGAUGGAACUGAUUGA